GGUUAUUCCCUUUAGUUUUGUUUUUUUUACUACAUUUCUCUUCAUUGGUUUUUUCAGUUCCUCUGCUCAAAGUUAUUUCAUGUCUUCUUCGAGCUCAAGCUACGCAUCUUAGUCUUUUAGACUCCACUGUUAGUGCCCUAAUUCCACUAGUUUCUACAGAGAAAUAUCUGAUUUCCCUCCACAAAAUACGAAUACAUAGCCGAUCAUUUCAGAUUCUUUCUAUUUCCGGGGAGAGCCCUACUGCCCUAGCUCACCAUGGCGAGCGACUCGGCAACAAGUGCAGGGGAUUCCUAUAUUGGGAGCUUCAUAAGCUUAAUUUCCAAGUACGAAAUACGUUACGAGGGCAUCCUCUAUCACCUCAAUGUCCAAGACUCGACCAUUGGCCUAAAAAAUGUUAGGUCAUUUGGAACAGAGGGGCGCAAGAAGGAUGGUGCCGAAAUUCCGCCAAGUGACAAGGUUUAUGAAUACAUACUGUUUAGAGGAAGUGAUAUCAAGGAUUUGCAAGUUAAGUCCUCCCCUGCUGCUCAAACAGAAGAGCAGAUUCACAAUGAUCCUGCCAUCAUCCAGUCACAUUCUGCAGGGAUGCCUGUUACUUCUACUCCGCUGGCACCAAUGAGGAAGAACAGUUUGACAGAAUCAACUCAGUGGCAGGAUACCCCCGCUUUGACUACUAGAGGACACCCUGGAACUUUGCCUCCAUAUCAAUCUGCUACCCAACUGGGUCAGCCCGAACUUUCCCCAGUGGCUCAAACAUCAAUAUAUCAGCAAGGAUACAAUGCAACAUCCAUUAAUACUUUGAGUGAUCCACAUCACCAAGUUACUAAUCAAUCUCCAUCAGUGGUGUUAGAUCCCUUGAUCGUGCACCAGUUGAUACAAUCCCCUGAAAUUCAGGCAUCUGCAACUUUGGGAUCAGCCAAUAUAUCAGAAUUCAGGACCCCUGUAUCUUCAUCUUCCCUAUCUACAUCUGUAAAUCCCAAGUUCUUCCCAUCUCCAUCUCCUCUACAAUACUCUACUUUUCUUGAUGUGUCACUGCCAUCGCCCUUGCCCACACUUGCCUCUCUUUCAUCUGAUUCCACUUUUCUGACUGCUAAUGCACUGACUAUGCCUUCAUUUACAUCGUCUGGCCAAGACUUAAACGUACAUGGAACUCAAAUUGUUAAUAACUCUGCUUCUGAAUCAGAACCUCAGCAACCUGUCCUCUCUGUGCCAUAUUCUGCAUCUUCUUCACUGGUAUCAAAUUUAGGUCCCUUGCUAACACAGUCUCCAAUUUUGCCAAUACCAAAUCAAUCGACAGUCCAUGGACCUCAUGUGCUUUCUUCUGCACAAAAAGUGUAUUCUAAUCAAAAUGAAAUGGCUGCUGGGGUACCUAUGCCAUCUAAUUUGUCCUCCUCAAUUCACUCUCCUGUUACUCAGACACCGUUAUUGCCAUUGCCAACUGCCACUCAACAGACAGUGCCUUUCACUGAAGAGUUUGAUUUUAUGGCAAUGAAUGAGAAGUUUAAGAAGGACGAAGUGUGGGGAUACCUUGGAAAGGGAAAACCAACGAAUAAAGCAGAUGGACCAGAGGAAAGUGUAGGCAGUCGUCACUUGGAAGAGGCAGAGGGUCCUGGCUUGGUAACUAACCCAAAACCUGCAUAUAAAAAGGAUGAGUUCUUUGACACAAUUUCAUGUAAUUCACUCAAUCACGGCCGUGGUGCAAUAAAUGGACAGAGUCGGUUUUCUGAGCGAAUGAAGCAGGACACCGAGACAUUUGGAUUUCAACAGAGAGCUAAUCUAGGAUACGGUGGCUAUGGCGGUGGGCGUGGUGGCCAGAAUUUCAGGGAUGGACGUAACUGGGGUAGGGGCUAUGGCUAUGGCUAUGGCUAUGGCUAUGGCUAUGGCUAUGGCUAUGGUUAUGGCUAUGGUUAUGGUUAUGGUGGGCGAGGAGCCCGAGGAGGACACAUGCCUUUCUAAUACCAGUCUGCAUCACAAUACUAUACCAUGGUCGUUCAAACAUCUACCUUGGUUUUUUUUUUUGUGAGGAUUGAAAUUGAACGUUAAGAAACACAUUAGGACUUAGGUGAUCAUGUUGGGAUUUUUUUUUUCAGAUGCUGGGCAAGGGACUCAAGUACAUGCAUUUGCUUGUUCAUGUAAUUUUUAGUGCUCAUGAACUAUCACUGUGCCUUGUGCGUCUUCUGUUUCUAGCAAUUGUUGUCCCCAAAUCAACCAAGUUAAGAACGAAUCGUAUUCUAGUAGACAAUAUAUAUAUACCACUUUUUUUUUUAUUA